CAGCACCACAGGUAAAGGUAUAUAAGACAUUGGGAAAACAAGCGUCGUGUCAGUAAGAGUUCCCUUGUUCAUCACUCAAUAUGAAGUCUGUAUUCGCCAUCUGUUUUCUCGUGGUCAUCUUCGUGACUGCGGCUUCGGCCCAUCAUCUGGAACUCUGCGGCAAACCUGACUGGCAGCUAGUGAGGGAGCUGAGCUGUAUAACCAGCCGUCUUUCACGACGGACACUGCAAGCUUUUUCUAAUGCUGUUUGGCAUUUAAAAUGCCCGAACUAUGCUUGUGCUAUCAGGAGGAUGUGUUUUUACAACGACCUGGAGGGAGCGAUGUCCUAUUUCUUCAAUUGGAUCCAGAUUAAACAUUUUCACAGAGUGGCCAGUGUCUGUGCUCGACGAUACCAAGGCACCUGGGGGCCAAAUUCGUGGCAGUCUACAUACCCCACAUAUGGCCAAGGCCGCAUGUUUUUCUAAAAGCUGUACUCAAAGUUCUGAUUGAUGACUUGGAAUGCUACCUCUUUUGGAAUGGGAAAGCAAUAAACCAUCUGUAAGAUUUGUUGCAAA